UUGUUUCUCCUGCUAAAAACCCUAAAGCGAACCCUAGUCUUGUCAUCCUUCGCAUCUCUGCCCUUCUGAUAGCCAACUUCACCGCGGAAAUGGAAGAGGUGGCUGAGAUGGAAGUUGAAGAAGAACGUCUGAGGUCCGCUCCAGCGGAUUCCGCCAAGAGAUUUGGACUCAGGAACUCCAUCCAGACCAAUUUCGGCGACGAUUACGUCUUCCAAAUUGUCCCAAAGGAGGAUUGGACUUCAAUGGCGGUUUCGCUGUCCACAAAUGCGAUUAAGCUUUACUCUCCCGUUACGGCUCAGUACCAGGGUGAAUGCAGGGGACAUUCGGGCUCCAUCAACGAUAUUUCUUUCUCUGUUUCUUCGACCCCGCACGUCUUGCACUCGUGCUCUUCUGAUGGCACUAUAAGAGCUUGGGAUACUAGAACUUUCCAGCAGGUUUCAUGCAUAACUGCCGGCCCCUCUCAGGAGGUCUUCAGCUUUUCAUUCGGAGGAUCCAAUGAUAAUCUUCUCGCUGCCGGUUGUAAAUCACAGAUACUCUUCUGGGAUUGGAGGAAUAAGCGGCAAGUUGCAUGCUUGGAGGAUUCUCAUGUGGACGAUGUUACUCAGGUCCAUUUUAUCCCUGGCCGCCAAGACAAGCUUGUUUCUGCAUCUGUCGAUGGGUUGAUGUGUAUUUUUAAUACUGGUGGGAGUAUCAAUGAUGAAGAUGAACUUGAUUCAGUGCUUAAUGUGGAAACGUCGAUUGGGAAAGUGGGUUUCUUUGGAGACAAGUUUCAGAAAAUUUGGUGUUUGACGCAUAUUGAAAGCCUGAGUGUAUGGGACUGGGAGGAAGGGAGAUGUGAAACAAACUUGCUUGAAGCCCGGGGGUUGGCUUCUGAUAGUUGGUCGUUGGAUAAUGUUGAUUACUUGGUGGACUGCCAUUACCCCGGAGAAGGUGAAAAGCUGUGGGUCAUCGGUGGCACCAAGGCCGGUACUUUAGGGUAUUUCGGCGUAGAUUACAGAGGAGGAUCAAUCAGUAGCCCCGAAGCAAUCCUCGGUGGCGGGCAUACAGACGUUGUGAGAUGUGUGUUGCCGAUGUCGGGCAGUCGUAGGGAUGGUGGUCCUCUCCCCAGCAGCACAACAAGUGUUUUUGGAUGGACUGGAGGUGAGGAUGGCCGCUUGUGCUGCUGGCUGUCUGAUGAGGCCACUGAGAUUGAUCGCUCCUGGACAUCAUCUGCAUUGGCUAUCAAGCAACCCAACACCCGCAAGAAGAACAGGCAUCAUCCGUACUAGCAACAUGCGCCUCUCCAGUCCUUGUAUCUUCUCUCUUGUUGUAACGUUUUGUUCAUUGAAAUUUCAAUGUUGUAAUCAGAAGAAAGGCGUGGUUUUUGGUACACUUUUUGUUUACCAUCUCCAACCAUUCUCUCACUAUGUUAUUUAUUUACAAGUUUAAAAGCCUUUUCAAAGUUGAAAGAUGGG